CAAGGCUGUCGUUUGACGCCAUAUUGCUUGAAGUCAAAUUGCGUCUUCUUGCUCUCUUUGCACGUGGUGUUGAAUUUUUUCAUCGGAAGGAAAUUCCAACGGAAAUAAGAAGUUUGUGAGUUUAUGUACAUCAUUCUCUUCGUUUGGAAACUUAUUGAUUUUCUGUAAUACUUUUACAAAAGGUACCAGCAAAUUGGAUACGGCUCCUUGUGAUUGCCAGGUGAAAAUCGGGAGCAACAUUUUCGGACUAAUCAGUUACUCAAUUGUCAAAGUGGAUCUCUGGCAUGGCGCCCUACCAAUGUCCCAAGCAAGUGCUAAUCUGGAGCCUGCCAACUUUGGCCGUUCUCAUCAGUCUAUUCUGGUACAGACGCAGGAGGCCGUCACUGAAGAGUGACCCCGGGGGGACCGCAGCGGAGCAGGCGUCCAUAGGUGACCACCCAUCCAUCAGCCGUACCGCCGGCCAGUUGCUGAAUGCCAUUGAGAAGGCGCGACGCGAUCUGGAGACGUCGCAGCCGAUAGCUGAGGUCGAAGAGGUUAGGUCAGUCGAACUGUCCGCCAAGGAGAUAUCUGUGAAACAAACAUCUAAAGUUGUUGAAAAUCAACAGAUUCCCGAGAAGAUAUCUGUUAAGAAAAUCGCUUGUGAAAAGCCUGUUAAAAUCAACAAAUAACGGAGGAGGUAUCUGUAAAACAAACAUCUAAAGUUGUAAAAAAUCAACAGAUUACCGAGGAGAUAUCUGUUGAUCAGAUCGUUUGUGAAAAAUCCAAGCUUGUUGAAAAUCACCCCAAUAACGAGAAGGUAUCUGUAGAACAAAUCGCUUGUAAAACAUCUGAUAAAGUUGUUAAUCAACCCAUUAUUGAGAAGAUAUCUGUGGAACAAAUAGUUUGUAAAAAAUCUGAUAAAGUUGUAAAAAAUCAACAGAUUCCCAAGGAAAUAUCUGUAAAUCAGAUCGCUUGUGAAGAAUCUAAAACUGUUGCAAGUCAACAAACCAUUACUGGAGCAAAUACAUCCACUACAAAUCAAAAACAAAUCAU